CCUGGUGAUGACGUAUGACGGGCUGCGCUACGCGGUAAUGUGAGCUGCCAGCUGUCCGAGUUGACACUGACAGGAGAGCGGGAAGAGAGACGCGUGAACUGCCUUCUGGGUCCCGGAUGAAGCGAACAGAACAGGCAGGAUGGCGGGAGUCUUUGACAUCGACUUGGAGUCCGAGGACAGCAGUGACGCAGAGGACGAACUGUGUGACUUCGCCGUGGCCGAGACCGAGACGGAGCCCAGAGAGGAGGUGGAGCUCACUGCUGCCAGCGUGAACAGCGAGAGGGUGGGACCCGAGUGUUUCGAGCUGCUCACCGUCCUCGGCAAGGGAGCCUAUGGCAAGGUGUUCCAGGUGAGGAAGGUGCAAGGCGCCCAGACUGGGAAGAUCUUUGCUAUGAAGGUGCUGAAGAAGGCAAAGAUCGUGUGCAACGCGAAAGACACUGCACACACCAAAGCUGAGAGGCAGAUCCUGGAGACGGUGAGGCACCCCUUCAUCGUGGACCUGCUGUACGCCUUCCAGACGGGCGGCAAGCUCUACCUCAUCCUGGAGUGCCUGAGCGGUGGAGAGCUGUUCAUGCAGCUGGAAAAAGAAGGGAUUUUCAUGGAGGAUGCUGCCUGUUUCUACCUGGGUGAGAUCAUCCUGGCUCUGGGUCACCUACACUCCAAGGGCAUCAUCUACAGGGACCUGAAACCGGAGAACAUCAUGCUGAACAGCCACGGUCACAUUAAGCUCACCGACUUUGGCCUGUGCAAGGAGUCCAUUCACGACGAGGCGGUCACGCACACCUUCUGCGGGACCAUCGAGUACAUGGCUCCGGAGAUCCUGACACGCUCGGGUCACAACAAGGCUGUCGACUGGUGGAGUCUGGGAGCGGUCAUGUUCGACAUGAUGACCGGCUCGCCUCCAUUUACAGCAGAGAACAGGAAGAAGACCAUUGAUAAAAUUCUCAAGUGUAAACUCGUCUUGCCCCCCUACCUCACAGCGGAUGCCAAGGACCUGAUCAAGAAGCUGCUGAAGAAGAAUCCAGCGCAGCGGCUGGGCUCCAGCAAAGUCGACUCCGCUGACAUCCAGAAGCAUCCUUUCUUCAGACACAUCAACUGGGACGAGCUGCUGAACAAGCGGGUGGAGCCGCCGUACAAACCUAGCCUGCAAUCGGAUGAGGAUGUCAGUCAGUUCGACACACGCUUCACCCGGCAGCCACCUGUGGACAGUCCAGAUGACACCUCUCUGAGCCAGAGCGCUGAGCAUGCCUUCGCUGGCUUCACCUAUGUGGCACCAUCUGUGCUGGAGAGCCUCAAGGAGGGCUUUUCCUUUAUACCCAGAGCACGGCACAUUCGCAGGGUCAACAGCAGCCCCCGCACACCUGUCAGCCCCCUCAAGUUCUCACUGACCGAACCCUUCAAGAGCUCCACCGAUGGGGAGGCGGAGCAGCCUGAACAGGCCACGCCCCCACCACUCGACAAAUGCACCACUCAGCCAAUAAGGACCCCUGGCCGCACCAAGAAGAAGAAACGGCCCCGAAACGGCAGGUGAACCCAGCUGGAUGGUGGUACCGAGGAGCCUGUGGACCUCGGCAGCAGGGGAGACUACUGCUGCGGAAACGUCACAUUUGCAGUGUUCACUUAUGUUAAGAUAAUGUCAAUGUUACACUUUAUCAAGCGCACGCAGAGGAAUAUUUCCUGUAGUAAUAUGGGCAUGAUUGGGGUGCCACGGGAGGCUGCAGAGAGGUUUCCAAUACACUUAGUGACUUGUCUGGAGGUUUCCUGAAGGAUGUUAUAGGUCGGCGGUCCGAGGUUGGCGGGAAUCCACAGGCUGGAUGGGAACAGAGCCGAGCUCUCGCCUCCUUUCUCUUCUCAGAUUUGAGGCUGCAUGAAAAUGCACUUUUUGAUAAAGUCUACUGUGCCGCUCAGUGUACUUUAAUAAGGAAAGCAUGUUAAAAAGAGUUAUGAACAGGAGCUCCUCCACAAGUUGAGACUGGGACCCCUGAGGUAAAAUACACAGUAAUACAAGAAACAUAUUAUUGAGGACCUUUGUUAUUCUCUGGGUGUGGGCUACGUGAAUGAUGCCGCUUUCUUAUCCUGUUGUUUGAUGCGGUGCUGUGAUGAUGUGACGACUUGUGUGAGGAGCUGUUGCUACAGGGAUGCAGCCACGGGUUCGAGGCCCAAUCUGGAGGGCCACGCUGUUCUCCACAUCAGUUUUCAUUCCAACUCUAUCCUCUGGCUUCCCUGCUAGAAAUGCUGAACAUUAAUGCUUCUCUUGAUUGCCUGUACAGUUUCUCAGAUUAUGACUGCAGUGACAGGACAGCAUUUCACAGGAUGAAGAGUACCAGCGAUUGCCAGAAUUUGGAAUGAUGGUUCAUAUCUACCAAUACAAAUGAUGUGUAUAAAUGUGUUAUUUCAGUUAUCGAAUAUUGAUAUUACCGUAGGUGCCUGUUUGAUUUUAGUUCACUUGUUCAAAGGAGUUUUCCUGACAGUUGAAUUUUGCGUUGAGCCCAAAUAAAUUCUUCCUUCUG